AUGUCGCCCUCUCCGAGCGCCAUAGCUUCAGCUAGCCACCCUUCCCCAGCGUCGUCGGGGCAGGCCUCGCAGGACCGGCCGAGAAGGAACAGGACAAGCAAGCCCAAGGUAAAGACGGGCUGUGCUAACUGCAAUCAUCUCCAUCGCCCCGAAGCCGCAACCUCUUCUUGCGGCCGCGCCAGCUCUCCAGCCGGCACCCGUAUCCCGACCCCCAUUCCUACUGUCCCAUUACCUCCUCGACGCGCAGCGAAACAGGUCGCUCGCAAGCGGAUGUCCCCAUCAGCAACCGAGAUCGGAGAACCAUCGAAUGCCAAUUCCUUGACCCUAUAUCGACCGAGCGUAGCCGCUUCUUUGCAGGAGCAAGAGGGUCUUUACUUCCAGCUUUUCCGAAGCCACACAGCGCGUGAGUUAUCCGGAUUUUUCGACUCUGUAUUCUGGACUCAGACGGUAUUGAGGGAAUCUCACUCUGCGCCAGCCAUCCGUCACGCCGUCAUCGCCCUCGGCGCUCUUUAUAAAACGUUGGAGCAGUCAACCGCGUCGCCCCCGGGUUGCCAUAAAGCAAUACUCGAGGCCAUCACGUCUGUUGUUGCGCUCUCUGGGCAAGGCCAGGAUGCCCACCGAAUCCUCCUCAUGGCGACAGUGCUGCUGGCCUGCUUUGAUUCCUUCAUUGGCGACCAUAAGCAGGCGAUAUACCAAAUUCAAAACGGUUUACAGCUUCUUGACCAGCUGCGAGCACAACACUCGUAUUCCCAGACAGCCGGUACAGAACCCGUGGAGGACGAGCUUGUCCAGAUGUUUACGCGCCUAGCUAUCCAGGCCAAGUCAUACGACAUGGCGUUUCACUUUCCCCAGCCGUACGUCAUUCGCCUGACGCCUCAGAACCAUGAUGGCCAGCGAGCAGCCUCGCCGCGCUCAGACUCAAGCACGGGGUCUCACUCAAGCCUUAAUCCUCAAGCUACGAUACCGACGCAGUUCAGCACCCUCCUCGAAGCUCGCCGAUCGUGGGAUAUCCUUUGUGAGAGCUUGCUACGCUUCACUGAAACUCUCUUCGUAGCGCAUAAUCCAAGCGGACCCAUGGGUAUCCUCCCGCGUGCAUUAAAGAGACACGGCCUGAGCUUCAAAGAGAAGCUCGAGGCUUGGUCAGACGCAUUCCAGCCGCUUCUAGACUGCAGAAGUGGUCCUAGCGUUAGCUAUCAAGAGAAGGCAGGCAUCGCGGUGCUCAAGAUGUUCCAGACCAUGGGUCAAAUCUUGUUCCUCAUGACCUUUGCGAUUCUGAACCCCUCGCAGUGCACUCACCGGAACCUCGCCACAGACUUUCUCAGCGGGCAGGAAUACACCGCCUAUCACGUCAAGGCGAGCUUCAGCGCCGAUCUAGGCAUCGUGCCACCACUGUAUGUAGUGGCGACGAAAUGCCGGAAUCACUCGAUCCGGUGGCAAGCCAUCCGCCUGCUGAGGAGCAGCUCUAGGCGCGAAGGUAUGUGGGACAGCCUACUUACCGCGCAUAUCGGAGAAUGGGUGGCGACAAUCGAAGAAGGCGGAGACGGCUCGCCGACCGUCCGCUCGCAUCCUAGCAGGAGGUCUAGCAGCAAUGAUUCCCUGCCAUUUAAAGACGAUGUCGCCUUGGGCCCUGGCGGAAACGCGAGAUGGGUCCCCGAGGAUAAGCGAGUCAUGGUGCGGUCGGUCGACUUUGAUCUGAAGACGAGAUUCGCCCGGCUUACUGUGGGAACCCGGGGGUUGAUGCCUGGCUCCAUCGACCUGCGUGCCCGAGAGACGACUGUCCGUUGGUGA